UGCGGGGCAGAUCCCUCCCUCUCCUUCCUCUUCUCCCUGCCUGGAUCUGGCUGCUGUGUGCUGCAGUCGGCCUGCCCUGUCUGCCUCUGAGCCUGCUGGGAGUUGGUUGGAGAAAACCGUCGAGGGAGAGCGAGCGCGAGGGGGGAAAAUAAGUGUGUGUGUGCUUGUAUGUGUGUGUAUGUGUGUGUGCGGGUCCCAAACUGGAAACCACUACCAGAAAACCAGACACACACAUUCAAUCCGACUUUAAAGCCAUCCGGACGUGUUGCAGGCACUACUUUGUGUAGAGCAGUGAAAGCCCGCCACAGAGACCCAGAAACUUGCGUGAUUGUUUCCCCCCCUCUCUUCUUCUGUGGUAGCAGCAGCAGCGUCAGUGCUGUUGCGCCGCGCCGACUGCUCUGAUAGUUGAGUGGAUUCAUUGGUUGGAGCAGGAUUGCGCAUUGGCCCUGCUGUAUAUCCACCUCGUAUCCACCGGGAAGAGGAACAAUGAAGGACUAAACGCUUUCCUCUUGCUCUAAGUCGAGCUUGUUGCAGAGUUAAAUCCUCUCAAAGUGCCAUUUUGUGUCGCACCUUUUCUUCCUCUCGUGUUCCUUUUUUUUCGUCCUCCUGUGUGGGAUGCGUCGGCUGUUGUAGGAUCCCGCUUGUUGACAAACAGUUUUUUUUUUUAAAACAAGAAGUUUACAACAAGCUUCGGAGGCAAGAAGAUCAGAAAAUGUCCACGCCGAGGUUCAAAAAGGAUAAAGAAAUCAUCGCGGAGUACGAGAGUCAAGUGAAAGAGAUCCGGGCCCAGUUAGUGGAGCAGCAGAAAUGUCUCGACCAGCAGACAGAGAUGAGGGUCCAGCUGCUGCAGGACCUCCAGGACUUCUUCAGGAAGAAGGCAGAGAUUGAGAUGGAAUACUCCAGAAACCUGGAGAAACUGGCCGAACGCUUCAUGGCAAAGACUCGCAGCACCAAGGAUCACCAGCAGUACAAGAAAGACCAGAACCUGCUGUCACCUGUCAACUGCUGGUACCUGCUGCUGAACCAGGUGAGGAGGGAGAGUAAGGACCACGCCACACUGAGUGACAUCUACCUCAACAACGUCAUCAUGAGGUUCAUGCAGAUCAGCGAGGACUCCACACGGCUACUCAAGAAGAGCAAGGAAAUUGCGUUUCAACUCCAGGAAGACUUAAUGAAGGUCCUAAAUGAGCUAUACACAGUGAUGAAGACCUACCACAUGUACCACUCAGAGAGCAUCAGCGCUGAGAGCAAGCUGAAGGAGGCCGAGAAGCAAGAGGAGAAGCAGAUCGGCAGGGGUGAUCCUGUCUUCAGCAUCCGAAUGGAGGACAAGUGCCCGAGGCGAAGCUCCGUGAAGAAGAUUGAGAAGAUGAAAGAAAAGCGUCAAGCCAAGUACUCUGAGAAUAAGCUGAAGUCAAUCAAAGCGCGGAACGAGUACCUGCUGACACUGGAAGCGACAAACUCCUCCGUGUUCAAAUACUACAUCCACGACCUGUCGGACUUAAUUGAUUGCUGUGAUUUGGGAUACCAUGCCAGUCUGAAUCGAGCCCUACGCACCUACCUGUCAGCUGAGUACAACCUCGAGACAUCACGCCACGAGGGUCUUGACAUCAUUGAAAAUGCCGUGGACAGUCUGGAUCCGCGAAGUGACCGGCAGAGGUUCAUGGAGAUGUACCCCACGGCCUUCUGCCCACCGGCAAAAUUUGAGUUCCAGUCUCACAUGGGAGACGAGGUGUGUCAGAUCUCAGUGCAGCCUCCGGUGAAUGGAGAGCUCAUCCUGAGGUUCCAGCAGCUGCAGUCUCGCCUUGCUACUCUGAAGAUCGAAAACGAAGAGAUCAAAAAGACAUCAGAGGCCACCCUGACCACCAUCCAGGACAUGGUGACCAUUGAAGACUAUGACGUGUCCGAGUGUUUCCACCACAGCCGGUCCACCGAGUCGGUCAAGUCCACGGUGUCUGAGACGUACCUCAGCAAACCUAGCAUUGCUAAGAGGAGGGCCAACCAGCAGGAGACAGAGCAGUUCUACUUCAUGAAAUUCCGGGAGUUUCUGGAGGGCAGUAAUCUCAUCUCCAAACUGCAGGCCAAACACGACUUGCUGAAGAGGACACUCGGCGAAGGCCACAGAGCUGACUACAUGACCACAAGACAUCCAAAUGGGCCACUCAAAACCCACACUGGCACCCGGCGGGCUAGACCCCGCUCUGUUUUUAAUGUUAGGUUAUUUAAUGGCAAUUUGGAGUCGUUUAUCAAGGACUCUGGACAAGCUAUCCCCCGUGUGGUCGAAAGCUGUAUUCGCUACAUAAAUUUGUAUGGCCUCCAACAUCAAGGAAUAUUCCGUGUAUCUGGAUCCCAGCUGGAAGUCAAUGACAUCAAGAAUUCGUUUGAGAGAGGAAACGACCCUCUGACAGACGAUGAGAACAAUCAUGACAUCAACUCAGUGGCUGGAGUUCUCAAACUUUACUUCCGUGGUCUGGAGAACCCUCUUUUCCCGAAAGAGAGGUUCAAUGAUCUGCUCUCCUGCAUCAGAAUAGAGAACCUGUAUGACAGAGCACUGUACAUCCGUAAGAUCCUCCUCACCAUUCCCAGAUCAGUCCUCAUCGUCAUGCGCUACCUCUUCGCCUUCCUCAACCAUUUGUCCCAGUACAGCGACGAGAACAUGAUGGACCCAUACAACCUGGCCAUAUGCUUUGGCCCCACGCUCAUGCCCACACCAGACAGCCAGGACCAGGUCUCCUGCCAGGCCCACGUCAACGAGAUCAUCAAGACCAUCAUCAUCCACCAUGAGACUAUCUUCCCUGAUGCCAAAGAACUGGACGGGCCCAUAUAUGAGAAGUGCAUGGCCGGAGGAGACUAUUGCGAGAGCCCCUACAGUGAGCAUGGAGCCCUGGAGGAGGUAGACAACGAGGGAGGGACGGAGACACACACCAGUGAGGACGAGGGCGAGCCCAUUGAAGCCAUUGCCAAGUUUGACUAUGUCGGACGCUCUUCCCGAGAGUUGUCCUUCAAGAAGGGCGCCUCCCUGUUGCUGUAUCAACGAGCAUCUGAAGACUGGUGGGAGGGACGGCACAAUGGCAUUGACGGCCUGGUGCCACACCAGUAUAUCGUGGUCCAAGACAUAGAUGACAACUUCUCAGACACUCUGAGUCAGAAGGCUGACAGCGAGGCCAGCAGCGGCCACGCUGGAGAGGAUAAAUGCUCAGGAAAAGACAUCAGCUCGCCCACUGACACCAGGAUCUCUGAGGCCUACAUCACCAGUAGGCACAAGAAAAGAUCAGACCCACCAUCUCGACGGCCCCCUGCCCGCCCCAGUGAUGUCCACUGCAUGGUGCAUACCUCCCAGCAGGGUCAUGGCGGACAUGGCGGCACCCCAGAGAUGGGCUCCCCUGUUCUAGGCCACUUCAGCCCCCGGGAUAUGCUGCGGAGUCGCAACCACAUGCCCAUGGACAGCCCUGAACGACGGCGUCGAACUGGCCACGGCAGUCUGACUAACAUCAGCCGCCACGAGUCACUGAAGAAGAUGGAGAGCCCCCCAAUCCGCCGCUCCACCUCCUCGGGCCAGUACACGGGCUUUACUGACGCCCACCACCACCACCACCACCACCACCACCAUGGUGGCAAGCCCCUGGAUCCGGAGAGCAUCGCACAGGACAUAGAAGAAACCAUGAACACUGCUCUGAAUGAGCUGCGUGAGCUGGAGCGGCAGAGCUCAGCCAAGCACGCCCCUGACGUGGUGCUGGACACCCUGGAGCAGCGGCAGACCUCCGGCAGCAGUGGUGGAGGUCCCACGCCGGCCAGCUCCAGCGAGUCCCUCAGCCCCAUCCACGGCGUCAUGCUGAGGUCCACUGUCAACACUGAGCCGCCCAUCCGCCGAAGCACCAGCUCCUCCAGCGACACUAUGAGCACCUUCAAGCCUGUGGUAGCACCCCGCAUGGGGGUGCAGCUCAAACCCCCUGCCUUGAGGCCCAAACCCAUGGUUCUGCCCAAGUCAAGCCAGGCUUCACAGCCUCCAGCUACAUCUCCUCAGGAUGCUCUGGACAAGUCCUGCACCAUGUAACCUCUGGAACAGGAACCAGAGAUGUAUAACAAAAACUCUCAAUCCAGGGGGCUGCAAAAUGCUAACAUUGUCUAGACUUCACAGAUGUACUGCAAAUAAUAUCUAAGAGUGUGUAACAUACAUUGACCUGGACAGGAAAAGACAUUGUGGUGUUUUGAAGCUGAAAACUAGAUCCUAAAGGGGACUCUGGCUGGAUUAGAGAGACGGGUGUUGGAGUUGCAAUGUAGACAGAUUUGUCAGUCAGACAAAUCUUGUGUCGAUAACGUGCACAGUUGUGUUAAUAAGCUUAGGUUAAUAUUAUAAAACAUACGUCUUUUUUUUAAUUAAAUAUUGAAACAACAAAUCACAAAGGCUUCCCUCGAGGUUUUAGAAAAUGUUUGCUAGUUAGUUUAGUUUACAGACAGUCCUGAACUGUAUAACUUUGAACAAAACAUGGUGCAUGUAGCUCCUCCGUUUACCACUGAACCUGAAACAGAGCUUGAUGAGAAGGACCUCGGAGGGCCCCUGAGGGUGGUGUGAACUGCUUCAAAGGCCUUACUGACUUUGAGAUGUAACUGAUUUCAAAUGUUAAAUAUUAAAAAGGUGCUGUGACUACCUGGACAGAGGUUGGACUGAUAAAACGCUUGGAGAGCCCUUAAUAACAAAUGGUACUCUGUUGAUAAAUUAGUACUGAUUAACUAGUGUGUAAACUGCAACUUUCUUUGGCAAGGCAUACCAUUGUCAGUUGUGUCUCAGAAAUGUACAAAGAUCACCUCUGUGCUGGAUUUGCUCAAAAUUAUUUGAACAAUUUCCACAUUGCCUGGAACGAGAUAUGGAUUAUUGGAUAUUGGAUAAAACCACUACUUCAUUAUAAACUGAACAUUUCGAUGCAUUCUUGAAUUCCUGCAUCAAUUACUCACGAUGAAGGGAUAAAAUAUGCCUAAUAAGUUAUGCCUUUACAUCUGUAUAACCCAUGGGGAGCAGUGUGAAAAGUUCUGAUGACAAAUCAUCUCCUACCUACAGUAUAUACAACACAUAGGGUAUUAUACAGUGUGAAACACAUGCCAUAGCUUCUUUUAUGCCUUGCUUGGCUUUAUCUACCCAAAGACAUGGCUGUAUAAGUGUAAAGCAUGGAUGUUGACCCUCCAUAUAAGAUGUAGGCAUUCUUCAUAUUGACUGAUGUGUAUAGACUCAAGGCAGCGCCCUGUGGGAGUGCUGCCAGUAGCCAUGGACCUAAUGACUGUUAGUGUAAAAGCCUCCUAAUGUGUUCACCCUGCUUCCUUUGCUUUUCUUUGUCAAAGUUUCUGGAAACAGCAGCUUGCUUCCGAGUCCCUCUAGUCUGUUUUAUGUUCAGCUAAGAAUGCCAAUUACGUGUUUUCGUAUUGCUCUCUGACUGACACUGAGGCUUUCUCUGUGGACUUGCUGCAUUAGUGGAAGACAACACUUCAAAUGUCUGACGUGCAACACUGAAACUGCACAUGUGGAACAGGACGAAAUCUCACACAAUCAGCGACGAACAGCUCAUUUGUCAGUCAGCUCAUAUGUUUCCGAGUCAAGUAAUAAUUUCAAAAUGCAAUAGCCCCUUAAAACAGUAUGUGCCAGUUAGUUCCAAAUGUGUGACUGCGCCCCUGUAUGUGUUUAUUUUUUAAGUAUUUGUAGAAAUAACAGAAUUGGGUGCAUGUCCUGGGAAUGUUUGGCUAGCAUAAUAACACUUAGAAGAGAUUUGGUUUGCAAUGAGUUAGCAAUGCUCUCUAGCAGCAGGUUUACACUAUCUUUGAAUUGACAGAUAUUGUGUGUAAUAAUCAAAAGUUAAUUGAUUUCUGAAUUACUAACUUUCAUCAUUUUUAUAAUCUUUGUUGUUAUUGUUGUUGUGUUUCUGGGUAGAAGACGAUGCAGAGAUGCAGGUGUUGCAGCCACAGUAUGAAGCCAGUUGUAUAAAAUGCUUUUGUCACUAUGUAACAUCAUCAACAAUAGGACGGUAGUCAUGCCAUCUGUAGGCUUUAAGCUACUCUGUGGUGUUACGUACAUCUGUAGUAUGUACUUGUGAAAGUGCCUUUGAAAAUGUUUUAGAGGAACUUCAGACAUUCUGUCCUGUUGCAUUUUCAUGUCAGAUGCUGUGUUUUUGAAGAAAUGCAGUGCAGGAAGAAGACACAUGAAUAAGUAAUGAUGCCAUUUUCCAAACAGUUAUAUGACAGAAUUAAUAAUAAAUAAACAGCUUACCCAUUGUGACAUUGCACUUUUAUGUAUAUAACUGUAUAUAUGGCAUGUAACAUCAUAACAUUUAGAGUUCUUUGAGGGCUUAUACCUCCAAGGAUUUCUUUCUAAUAAAGAAAAUAGUUUGUCGA